UCCUGAGGGCCGGCCGCGCGGGGUGCGUUAUGCCUUCGGGAGGCGACCAGUCGCCGCCGCCGCCGGCAGCAGCGUCGGAGGGGGAGGAGGACGAGGACGGCGAGGCGGAGGACGCCGCGCGGCCGUCGGGCUCGCCGGCGCCGCAGACGCAGCAGCGCUUCGAGGAGCUGUGCAGCCGCCUCAACAUGGACCAGGCGGCGCGGGCCGAGGCCUGGGCCAGCUACCGCGCCAUGAGCGAGAGCUACACGCUGGAGGGAAAUGAUCUUCAUUGGUUAGCAUGUGCCUUAUACGUGGCUUGCAGAAAAUCUGUUCCAACUGUAAGCAAAGGGACUGUUGAAGGAAACUAUGUAUCUUUAACUAGAAUCCUGCGCUGUUCAGAGCAGAGCUUAAUUGAAUUUUUUAACAAGAUGAAGAAGUGGGAAGACAUGGCAGAUCUACCCCCACAUUUCAGAGAACGUACUGAGAGGUUAGAAAGAAACUUCACUGUUUCUGCUGUAAUUUUUAAGAAAUAUGAGCCUAUUUUUCAGGACAUUUUUAAAUACCCUCAAGAAGAGCAGCCUCGUCAACAAAGAGGAAGAAAACAGCGGCGACAGCCCUGUACCGUGUCUGAAGUUUUCCAUUUUUGUUGGGUGCUUUUUAUAUAUGCAAAAGGCAAUUUUCCCAUGAUUAGUGAUGAUUUGGUCAAUUCCUAUCAUCUUCUGCUAUGUGCUUUGGACUUAGUGUAUGGAAAUGCCCUUCAGUGUUCUAAUCGUAAAGAACUUGUGAACCCUAAUUUUAAAGGCCUAGCUGAAGAUUUUCAUACUAAGGAUUCUAAACCUUCCUCUGACCCACCUUGUGUCAUUGAGAAACUCUGUUCCUUACAUGAUGGCCUAGUGUUGGAAGCAAAAGGAAUAAAGGAACAUUUCUGGAAACCCUAUAUUAGGAAACUUUAUGAAAAAAAGCUCCUUAAGGGAAAAGAAGAAAAUCUUACUGGGUUUUUAGAACCUGGAAACUUUGGAGAGAGUUUUAAAGCCAUCAAUAAGGCCUAUGAGGAGUAUGUUUUAUCUGUUGGGAAUUUAGAUGAGCGGAUAUUUCUUGGAGAGGAUGCUGAAGAAGACAUUGGGACUCUCUCAAGGUGUCUGAAUACUGGCUCAGGAACAGAGACAGCUGAACGGGUGCAGAUGAAAAACAUCUUGCAGCAGCACUUUGACAAGUCUAAAGCACUGAGAAUCUCCACACCACUUACUGGUGUGAGGUACAUUAAGGAUAACAGCCCUUGUGUGACUCCAGUCUCUACUGCGACACAUAGCUUGAGUCGUCUUCACACCAUGCUAACAGGCCUCAGGAAUGCACCAAGUGAGAAACUCGAACAGAUUCUAAGGACAUGUUCACGAGACCCAACCGAAACUAUUGCCAACAGAUUGAAAGAAAUGUAUGAAAUAUAUUCUCAGCACUCCCAGGCAGAUGAGGAUUUCGGUAACUGUGCAAAAGAAAUUGCCAGCAAACAUUUUCGUUUUGCAGAGAUGCUUUACUAUAAAGUAUUAGAAUCUGUUAUUGAGCAGGAACAAAAAAGACUGGGAGACAUGGAUUUAUCUGGCAUUCUGGAACAAGAUGCAUUCCACAGAUCACUCUUGGCCUGUUGCCUUGAGGUCGUCACGUUUUCUUAUAAGCCUCCUGGGAAUUUUCAGUUCAUUACUGAAAUAUUUGGUGUGCCACUUUAUCACUUUUAUAAGGUGAUAGAAGUAUUUAUUAGAGCAGAAGAUGGUCUUUGUAGAGAGGUGGUAAAACACCUUAAUCAGAUUGAAGAACAGAUAUUGGAUCAUUUGGCGUGGAAACCAGAGUCUCCACUCUGGGACAGAAUUAGAGACAAUGAAAACAGAGUACCAACCUGCGAAGAGGUCAUGCCACCUCAGAACCUGGAAAGAGCAGAUGAAAUUUGUAUUGCUGGCUCCCCUUUGACACCGAGAAGGGUGAGUGAAAUUCGUGCUGAUACUGGAGGACUUGGAAGAAGCGUAACAUCUCCAACCACGUUGUAUGACAGGUAUAGCUCCCCCACAGCCAGCUCUACCCGAAGGCGGCUAUUCGUUGACAAUGAUGGCCCCUCUGAAGGAGGGACAUCAGGACGCACCCCCCCACAGCCUCUAGUCAAUGCUGUCCCUGUGCAGAGUGUAUCUGGGGAGGCUGUUUCUGUCACACCAGUUCCUGGACAGACUUUGGUUACCAUGGCAACAGCCACUGUCACAGCCAACAAUGGACAAACAGUGACCAUUCCUGUACAAGGUAUUGCCAAUGAAAAUGGAGGGAUAACAUUCUUCCCAGUCCAAGUCAAUGUUGGGGGGCAGGCACAAGCAGUGACUGGCUCCAUCCAGCCUCUCAGCGCUCAGGCCCUGACUGGGAGUUUGAGCUCUCAGCAGAUGACAGGAACAACCUUACAAGUCUCCGGUCAGGUGGCCAUUCAGCAGAUUUCCCCAGGAGGACCACAGAAGAAACAGGGACAGCCUUUAACCAGCAGCAGUAUUAGACCCAGGAAGACCAACUCUUUAUCACUUUUUUUUAGAAAGGUUUACCACUUAGCUGGUGUCCGCCUUCGGGAUCUUUGUGCUAAAUUGGAUAUUUCAGAUGAACUGAGGAAAAAAAUCUGGACCUGCUUUGAAUUCUCCAUAAUUCAGUGUCCUGAACUUAUGAUGGACAGACACCUGGACCAGUUGUUAAUGUGUGCCAUUUAUGUGAUGGCAAAGGUCACCAAAGAAGACAAAUCUUUCCAAAAUAUCAUGCGUUGUUACAGGACCCAGCCACAGGCCCGCAGCCAGGUCUAUAGAAGUGUUUUGAUAAAAGGGAAAAGAAAAAGAAGAAAUUCUGGCAGCAGCGACAGCAGAAGCCAUCAGAAUUCUCCAACAGAACUAAGCAAAGACAGAACCAGCAGAGACUCUAGCCCUGUCAUGAGGUCCAGCAGCACUCUGCCCGUCCCACAGCCCAGCAGCGCCCCACCCACCCCCACGCGCCUCACGGGCCCCAACAGUGACAUGGAAGAGGAAGAGAGGGGAGACCUCAUUCAGUUCUACAACAGUAUCUACAUAAAACAGAUCCAAGCAUUUGCCAUGAAGUACUCACAGGCAAACCUAAUGGAAGCUCCUCCACUCUCUCCUUAUCCAUUUAUAAGAACAGGCUCUCCUCGCCGAAUACAGUUAUCUCAAAAUCAUCCUGUCUACAUUUCCCCACAUAAAAAUGAAACAAUGCUUUCUCCUCGAGAAAAGAUUUUCUAUUACUUCAGCAACAGUCCUUCAAAGAGACUGCGGGAAAUUAACAGCAUGAUACGGACAGGAGAAACGCCAACCAAAAAAAGAGGGAUUCUUCUGGAAGAUGGAAGUGAAUCGCCCGCAAAAAGAAUCUGCCCAGAAAAUCACUCUGCCUUACUGCGCCGACUCCAGGACGUGGCUAAUGACCGGGGCGCCCACUGAGACAGGCGGUGCAGACCAUCUGCCUCAGAGCCCUGACACUGAGGGAAGGAUCACGUGGGCCGCCCCUCAAGCGCCAUCAGAGUCCACCGCCAGAAAAGCCCCCAUCGCGCCACACUGCGGCUCGCCCCGGUGGGGCCGGGUCUGAGCUGCAGGAUGACCAGGCCCGCGCGGUCUCCCGGGAGACGUGUCGUCUGUGGCCUGAAAGAGUCCUCGCAACUUAGCGCCAGUGCUCCGCCGCCAACUUACAAUUCGGCCAGAAGCGAGUACUCCAGGUAGAAGGGGCCGUAGGACGCGUGCGUGCCAUUGGUCGGCGGCGCUGCCGGGGCAGGGGACGC